AUGCGAUGCCUCAGCGAGCACUGCGAGGUGCGACCGGCAGACCAGCUCCAGACAGGCGCUGCGCUGUGGACACCUUUGCCGUUGCACCACAAAGUGAGCACCUUCUUCAACUCGGAAACCGUUCUGCAGGCUGCCGUGCCGCAGCGGCGCACGCUGCGCACAGAAGGGUUUAGCGGAUGGUUCCCGAAUCCGGAUGAAAAGCGCGUGGAGCCACCAGAGGGCCAGGAGGCAAUGGCCAUCCAAGAGGCAGAGAAGGAGGAGGAGCACGAGGAAGAUCCUAUGUCAAAGGCUUUAGACAGAGCUGGAGACGCCGUGGCCGGGGAUGCUGAGAAGACACUGGAGAAGAUGAAGGAUGAUGUGGCCAAUUCGCUCGAGGCGUCCAAAGAUGAUGGUGGUGGCAAUGCUGCCGUGGAAGCUGCAAAGGAGGAGGAAGACACGGGAGAUCCCCCAGACGUUGACGACGAGUUGCCUGGGCCUUUUUACACACGAGCCUGGUUUUUGGGCUUGGUGCUCGCGGCCUUCGUGGGGGUGACCUCCUACACUGUCUUACAGGUCAGGGCUGCCUCGGACUCGAAAGGCUCGGACGAGGACGAACUUGAGCGAACGUACGCACACGACCCCAGGGCACCAGUUCCUGCGGAUGGCAAGGGCGGAAAGAGCAAAGGGAAGGGGAAGGGUUCGAGUGAUUUCGAAUUCCAGACUAGCACCGUCAAUGCUGCGCAGAAGGUGCAGCGAGAGGUUUCGGUGGUAUACUUUGGGUCGUCGUGUAUGCAUCCCUCCUGUCGCUUAGACCUCCGCUUGGAUAAAGCCGAUAGGUUGGGUGACAGCCGGCCUCCUGCCCUGAUUCCAGAGGAGAAGGGCCGACCGCUGAUGGAGCCACCAAGUGAAGAAGCUGAGUACGAGGCGACUUCAGAAGAAAAGCAAGAGGAAGCAGAAAGGUCUGAGACGACGGUGGCGCCCGAAGCAUCACCCGAGGUGCAGGCUGAAGCCAGUGACGCUUCGCCAGAAGCCAAGGGGGACCCUGAGGACAAGGAGUCCAGGGAGCUGGACCAGACGGAGCAUGAGAGCAGCACAAAGCAUGCUGAAGAGAAGGACUCCUUUGUGGAGGUGGAGGUGACAGAGAAUCCGGUAAAGGAAGAGCUUCACAAGGAGCCCGAGAUUCUCGAAGCGACGAGACCUGCCCAGAACGGCAGGGCACGAAGGCGGCAAGAGCGGCCUGCCCGCACGGCCCGCACUGCGCGUGCGGAGACCGACACGUGGCGGCCAGUCCGCAGAGGCAAAGCCGGACCGAGACACAGCGAGCCCAUCCAGGAGGAGCCGGCUCAGGAGCCAUGGACCACUUCGUCCACUUCUCCGUUUGAAACGGGCCUUUCGCAAGAGCGAGCGCCACAGAGUUGGAAGCUCCGCGGCAAAAUGAGCAUGAGGGCCUACAGGGCAUACAGCCUGGAAGUGGAGGCUCUUUCCCAGCUCCUGGGAGACUUACCGAGUCGAAAGCGAUCGGACAGUGCCAUCUUCACCCCGACAAAUGCUACCUGUAGCAUUCCGAAGGCUCUGGAGCAGGCAACUGGACAGCCAGGGCAAGGGUCAGCGAGCGAGAAGAGAGCGGCACAGGAAAGUCUUGAGCUUUCCUACCUUGCGAUGCAUAGCGCGCAGAUGCCAGCAGGCAAGGCUAUGCGAAUUUUCGCCGUGCACGGCAGUGCCUCCGCAGUUCGAACUCUGCAGGCGAGGGCGUUGACCAGGUGCAGCCGGGACUGCUUCCCGUCACGAGGAGGACUCAGGCACCUUCGAAGCGCGAGGUCCGGAAGGUCUGGGACUGCCGACCCUGCGGAGGCCGUGAAGAACUCUGGCCGCUCUGGCCUUGGACGCUUGUCCGCCCCUCGCUCCGAUGGACUUGGCGCAGAGCAGCCCUCAGCGCCCCACCUGCCCGAAGAACGGGCGGCCGAAGAUGCGGACUUUGUGGAUGAGGGGCCUGGCGAGGCCCUCGCCGUGGAUGCACUGGCGCCAGCAGCAGCCAUGCUCCACAAGAAUGCUCUAGUGGAAGGCUUUGACGAGCCUCUGCCACUGGAGGCACUGGACCCGCAGGACUCGCUUGACAAGCUUCCACACGUUGCUGGGGGCCACAGCCGACCCCUGAAGCCGCCUUACGAGCACAUCCGUCGCGCUCCGCCAGGGCUCCUGCAACGGCUGGCCGAGGUGGAGAAGUUGGAGGGCAAGUCCAAGGGCUCCAAGCGGAGCAAGCGACGAGGGCAGUUCGAGUUCGACGACGAUGUGCCCGUCCGAGUUCGGGUGCUGGAUGUGGAUGCAUUGGCUUUGGAAGAGCUACACAAAGCCUUCAUGUACACGCUGGUGCGGCGGCGACCUGCAGAAGUUUGUGUGCGAGUGGCCUCGCGGCUUGCUGUCUUCCGGGAUAAGCCGGGCCAGCAAUCCUAUCAGAACCUCCUCCAGGACUGUGGGAGGCUUUUCGGCUCUCUCCAUGGGCCGGAGCUUCUGGCUCUCUUCGCCCGAUGCUUUUCCACCAUCUCCGUGCCAUUCAUGCUCGACUACACAAGGAAGUAUGGGCACUUCUCCCGCGGGUUCCUUGCGGAGCAGGUUGAGAAGAGUCUCCGGCCUGGUUUCUUCGAUUUCUUGCGGUACGAGGAGAAUGGUGGCGUCCGGCCGCUGCCACUGAUCGUAGCAAAGCCAUGGAGCCUCGGGUCCUACACACGGCUGAUGACCAAGAGCUACCUCAAGAGCCGCAUGCACGAGCAGCUGAAGCUUCACGGCCAUGUCCCGAAUGUCGAGCAAGACACCGACCCAGAUAUGCCUCCAGAGGCAAGGGUCAUCGAGCAUCUCGGCCGUGCAGGAUCCUUGCGGGUCGAGGCACCCAAAGGGCCGUCACCAGAGGUCCAACGGCCUGCGUUGCUGGAGGCCAUUGUCCAGCCAAGGAUGAGCCAUUCCGAGGCGAAGCGCUGGGUCAUCGUCCAGCCCCAGUGGGGCCUUAGCAACCGCCUACGGGCUGUGGCCUCCGGGCGCAUGCUCGCCGAACAUCUCUCUCGAAGUUUCCUUGUGGACUGGCAGCCGCUGCCCGGCUGCAACUGUGCAUGGGAUCGUCUCUUCUCCUCGGAGACAAAGACUCUAAGCGAAGAGCUUGAGGAGGAUCCAGAUCCUUCUGUGCUGGCUGCUGCCGAACUGCUGCAGGCGUGGGACGAGGUCGUAGCCCUGGCCCGUUGCAAACCUGACAGCCAAGAACUCAGGGGAGCGAUCCGGAGCUUUGAGGCCUUCCACAAAGAAUGCUACCGAGCAGGGCUAGCCUACCUCCUUGAUGCUGCUUCCGAGAAAUGGAGGUCGUGCAGGCCGUUUCACGGGCGCGACAAUCUGCCGAGCUUCCUCCAAGUAGAUUGCCUUUGCGUCAGAGCCUUCAACCCGUUCUACCCACCCAGGGAGGAGGAUCGACAACAGCUCGCUGCAGAGCGGGCAGCCCACCUGAAUCGCCUGGUGGCCGCUGCCCCUGUGCGCCAAAGGCUCUGGCAGCUGCCCGAAGGCACGAUCUCGGUUCACAUCCGCCGCACCGACCAUGCUAAGGCCAUUGCGAGAUCGCCCGAGGACCUGUUCGUACAAGCCAUGGACUCUUAUGGAACAGAAGCCAAGUUCUUCUUAGCGACGGACGACGCCGAAGUCGAGUCGCGGUUGCGACGGCGUUAUGGUCAGCGUCUCCUGACACAACCCAAGCGCACGCUCAGCCGCAAUGAUCCGGAUGGUAUUGAAGAUGCCCUGUUGGACCUGCUCAUGCUGUCGCAGGGGAGUGAGGUCUUGGGCUCCUACAAAUCCUCCUUCUCUGCAAUGGCCUCGCACUUCCGGUGCAUUCCGCUUCAUGUUGUGGAUGUACGUCCCGAAGCUGCUCCCGACUCGGCCGCCAGGGUCGGCUUCCGGGAGGUGUCGGUGGUUGCAGCCGACCCGGAGGAUGACUGUCCGGGUGAUCGGCGCGUCGGAAAAGCGGAACACUCUGGCGUUGGUUGGGAUGCCUCUCAGACUGACGGGUCGGCGACCAAGGAGAAGCCACGUCCGUUCAUGAGAGGAGCUCGACGUGCCAUGGCAGAAGCCGAGUUGCACGAUUCAGAUGGCGAAGGGUAUUCAGAUUUCUACGAUUCCGAUGACGAGGAGGCGGUCAGCGACGACGAGGGUGGUAUAUCUGGAGGAAAGAAGUUUGGAUUACAAUUCGAGCGAGUGGUGCCCGACUCUGCCUAUUCUGCCAUUGCAGAGGACGAUGCUCUGGUUGAUGCUGAAAAGUUGCCGAAGGAUUCUGCCACUGCGUCAACAGAGUUGGAAGAGGCAUUUGCUGAUCGCUGGUGGUCGCAAUUUCGACGCCAUUUUUUCAGACACAACUAUGGGGCGUAUCGUUUGUUGGAUGGCCGGUGGCAGCGGGUGCCGGAUCCCAAAGGCCCCAGGUACAAGCCACGGCAGAGGAAAAGGCCACGCGGCCAAAAGAGAGAAGAAGCACAAAGGCGAGAAAUGCGAGCAGCAAAGCCUGCUGGAGUUUGA